AUGUCAGAGAAUAACACUCAUUUCUCAUUUCCAAAGGAGGAAGAAAAAGUUUUAGCCCUUUGGGAUGAAAUUGAUGCUUUCCACACUUCGUUGGAGCUAACAAAGGAUAAACCAGAAUUUUCUUUUUUUGAUGGACCCCCAUUUGCCACUGGUACUCCACAUUACGGUCAUAUUUUGGCCUCCACUAUUAAAGAUAUCGUUCCAAGAUAUGCUACUAUGACUGGUCACCAUGUGGAAAGAAGAUUUGGUUGGGACACUCACGGUGUUCCAAUCGAACAUAUCAUUGACAAAAAAUUAGGAAUCAAGGGUAAGGAUGAUGUCUUUAAGUAUGGUCUUGAGAACUAUAACAACGAAUGUAGAUCUAUUGUUAUGACUUAUGCUAGUGACUGGAGAAAAACCAUUGGUCGUUUGGGUCGUUGGAUUGAUUUCGACAAUGACUACAAGACUAUGUACCCAUCCUUUAUGGAAUCUACAUGGUGGGCUUUCAAGCAACUUCACGAAAAGGGCCAAGUGUACCGUGGGUUCAAAGUUAUGCCUUAUUCUACCGGGUUGACGACUCCAUUGAGUAACUUCGAAGCUCAGCAAAAUUAUAAAGAUGUCAACGAUCCAGCCGUCACUAUUGGGUUUAAUGUGGUUGGCCAAGAAAAAACUCAAUUGGUAGCCUGGACCACUACACCAUGGACUUUGCCUUCUAACUUAUCAUUAUGUGUUAACGUUGACUUCGAAUAUGUCAAGAUUUAUGAUGAAACCAGAGAUUGUUAUUUCAUUUUAAUGGAGCCUUUGAUCAAAACUUUAUAUAAGAAGCCAAAGAACGAAAAAUACAAGAUCGUUGAAAAAAUUAAGGGUUCUGAUUUAGUCGGUUUGAAGUAUGAACCAUUGUUCCCAUAUUUUGCCGAGGAAUUCGCUGAAAGAGCCUUUAAAGUUAUCGCUGAUGAUUAUGUUUCCAAUGAUUCCGGUACCGGUAUUGUUCACAAUGCUCCAGCUUUCGGUGAAGAGGAUUACAGUGCUUGUUUAAAGAACGGUAUCAUAUCUGAAGAUUCAAAGUUACCAAACCCUAUCGAUGACCUUGGUAGAUUCACCGAGGAAGUCACCGAUUUUGCCGGUAUUUACGUUAAGGAUGCUGAUAAACUGGUCAUCAAAUACCUAACUGCUUCUGGCAAUUUGUUAAUGGCUACUCAAGUUCGCCAUUCAUAUCCUUUCUGCUGGAGAUCUGACACCCCAUUACUAUACCGUUCUGUUCCAGCUUGGUUCGUUCGUGUCAAGAACAUCGUUCCAAAGAUGUUGGAGUCUGUCAUGGAAUCUCACUGGGUUCCAAACACUAUCAAGGAAAAAAGAUUCGCCAACUGGAUUGCAAAUGCUCGUGACUGGAACAUCUCCAGAAACAGAUAUUGGGGUACUCCAAUCCCAUUAUGGGUUUCCGACGAUUUCGAAGAAAUCGUUUGUGUUGGCUCUAUCAAAGAAUUGGAAGAAUUGACUGGUAUCUCCGAUAUUACAGACUUGCAUCGUGAUGUCAUUGAUAAGAUGACUAUUCCAUCUAAACAAGGCAAGGGUGACUUGAAGAGAGUCGAAGAAGUCUUUGAUUGUUGGUUCGAAUCUGGUUCCAUGCCUUACGCUUCUCAACAUUAUCCAUUUGAGAAUGUUGAAAAAUUUGAACAGAGAGUUCCAGCCAACUUCAUUUCUGAGGGUUUAGAUCAAACAAGAGGUUGGUUUUACACCUUAAGUGUCUUGGGUACCCAUCUGUUUGGCACUGUCCCUUACAAGAACGUUAUCGUUUCAGGUAUUGUUUUAGCUUCCGAUGGUAGAAAAAUGUCCAAAUCCUUGAAGAAUUACCCCGAUCCACUCAUUGUUUUAGACAAAUACGGUGCUGAUGCUCUGAGAUUGUAUUUAAUUAACUCACCUGUCUUGAAAGCCGAGAGUUUGAAAUUCAAGGAAGAAGGUGUUAAAGAAGUUGUAUCUAAAGUCCUAUUACCAUGGUGGAACUCUUUCAAAUUCUUGGACGGUCAAAUUUCCUUAUUGAAAAAGACAUCUGACAUUGAUUUCAAGUAUGAUCCUUCUGUAAAAAGUGACAACGUUAUGGACAGAUGGAUCUUGGCUUCUAUGCAAUCUCUAGUUCAAUUCAUUCAUCAAGAAAUGGGCCAAUAUAAAUUAUACACUGUUGUUCCAAAAUUAUUGAAUUUCAUUGAUGAGUUGACCAACUGGUACAUUAGAUUCAACCGUCGUCGUUUGAAGGGUGAAAAUGGUGUUGAUGACUGUCUGAAGGCUUUGAAUUCUUUGUUUGAUGCUCUCUUCACAUUUGUCCGUGCCAUGGCUCCAUUCACUCCAUUCUUAUCAGACAGUAUCUAUUUGAAAUUAAAGGAGUACAUCCCAGAAUCCGUUUUAUCAAAGUACGGUAAAGAUGGAAGAUCAGUCCAUUUCUUGUCUUACCCAGAAGUUAGAAAAGAAUACUUUGAUGAAGCCAUUGAAACCGCUGUUUCCAGAAUGCAAUCUGUUAUCGACCUAGGUAGAAACAUUCGUGAAAAGAAAACCAUUUCUUUGAAGACCCCAUUAAAGACUUUGGUCAUCUUACACAGUGAUGAAUCAUACCUGAAGGAUGUUGAAGCUUUGAAGAACUAUAUCAUCGAAGAAUUAAAUGUUCGUGAUGUUGUUAUAACCUCGGAUGAAGCCAAAUAUGGUGUUGAGUACAAAGCAGUCGCUGACUGGCCUAUUUUGGGUAAGAAAUUGAAAAAGGACGCUAAGAAGGUCAAGGACGCUUUACCAUCAGUCACUUCCGAUGAAGUACGGGAAUACUUGGAAACAGGUAAGUUAGAAGUUGCCGGUAUUAAAUUAGUUAAAGGUGACUUAAACGCCAUUAGAGGCUUACCAGAAUCUGCAGUUCAAUCUGGUCAAGAAACCAGAACCGACCAAGAAGUUCUAAUUAUAUUGGACACCAAGAUCUAUUCUGAGUUGAAGACUGAAGGUCUCGCAAGAGAACUGGUCAAUAGAAUCCAAAAGUUAAGAAAGAAGUGUGGGUUGGAAGCCACUGACGACGUUCUAGUGGAAUAUGAACUAGUUAAAGACACCAUUGACUUUGAGGCCAUCGUCAAGGAGCAUUUCGAUAUGCUAAGCAAGACUUGUAGAUCCGAUAUUGCUAAAUACGACGGAUCCAAGACGGACCCAAUUGGUGAUGAAGAACAAUCGAUUAACGACACCAUUUUCAAGCUGAAGGUGUUCAAAUUAUGA